GUAGAGGGCAACACUGUAUGACAGGGAAAAUCCCACACAACUUCCUUGUUGAAGUGUCAUAGGAGUUUAGUAGUUUGUUCACUUGUUCUGCAGUCUCACUUGUGAAUACAUUUUAUCAAAAUUGUAUUUAAUAUUUUAAUCACAAAGCACAGAGUCUGGGAUGACUGAAUACCCUUAUUAAUUGUUUGAACAUAUUCAAUCGGAAUCAACAACACUUGUUACAUCUGGCGAUAUGGAAGCAGCUACAGUAGUUUCUCUCACCAUGGCAGUACUUUUAGGGUCUUGUUAUGGAGCAGGUGUGUUACCAGACGGGCUCCUACUUGGGAAGGUUGGAGGGAAUGUGACAUUUAACAGAGCAUCAGACCAGCCAUUUGUAACAUUACAAAUGAGAGUUAAUAGUACAACUAUAUUAAACUAUAUCAGCAGUUCUGACACUUUCAAACCUGAAGAUGCAUACAGAGACAGAAUCAAUCUGGACAGAUUGUCAGGAUCCGUGGAGCUCAUGAAUCUUGUUCUGACUGACAGUGGACAAUACACAGUGACCAUUGUAACAUCUGAAUCACUAUCAGUGGAGGAAAACACCAAACUGGAAGUGUAUGAACCAAUAUCUGGUACUACCAUAACUUUCCCAAACACUCCAAUCCUUGAGGGCAGUUCUGUCACCUUAACCUGUGAUGCUUCUGGCUACAUUGUCACCAGAGAGUGGAUGAAGGAUGGUCAGCUUCUGUCUGCUGGUGGCAACCUAAUCAUCUCUCAGGAUAAGAGAGUGCUGUCCAUAAACCCUGUGAAGAGAACAGACAAUGGACACUACCUGUGUAGAGUCAGCAACCCUGUCAGCACCGCUGAUGCUAAAUACAUUCUCAUUGUAAACUAUGGACCUGAUGGAAUGGAAAUCAAGGAUCCAACUGAAAUAGAAGUAGGACAGAAGUUUACAUUAACCUGCUCUGCUGACUCCAACCCCCCUGCUAGUUACACCUGGAUGCACAAUGAGACAGAGAUACCAGGACAUUCACCUGAGUUCACUAAAGAGAAGAGUGAAUACUCUGACAGUGGGGAUUACACCUGUACAGCAACAAAUUAUGUCACUGGAAACAAAACAUCUGUGGUCCAUAAACUGUCAGUAAAAGAAGGGGACCUUUUAUCACUAGGUCUGCCUGCUGGUGCCAUUGCUGGUAUUGUGUUUGGAUUAUUGCUGGUUGUGGGAGUGGCAUUUGGUGUUGCAGUUUUCUUCAUCAGGAAAAAUGGAACCAAUGCUGAGCCAAUGCGUCGAAGAGGCACUCAACCACCUGUAUAUGAGAACCCAUCACCUGUAUAUGAGAACACAAGACAAAAUCAAUCCCCACCUCUACCCCUGACAGAAAUGUAGGACUUUAAAAGUACCUAUGAUACUAGGAUAAUGCAGUAAGAUAAUUCAAUGGAAAAUACCUCCUUUCAACCACCAUUCUCUACUGGGUUCCAUCAUCAACUCAUAGAAAACCUGCAUGAUAACACCCAGUGUGGAUCUGUAAUAUAAUAUACAUAAUCAAUACAAUACAAUCAAUACACACAUGCUAUGUUUAAUUGUUCUGUUUAUUGUGUACUUUUAGUAACAAAAUAACAUGCUAAUAAAAAGUAGAUGGUACAACACUGAACAGUAAUUUCAUAAAUUAAAGCAUAACGAUAAGGGUUACAUCUGGUGGUACAGGUGAGACCUUUACUGUAAAUACAUUUUUUUUGUGUACUGUAUUGUUAAUUACGGUGCCAAAAAGACACAGAAGCUGUAUACGUAAAUGCUUUAAAUGAUGUCAAAACAGAAUAAUGAAGUCUGACAGCUAUUUCUCCAUCAACUCUGUUGUUCUUAUUGUCAAGUGUGGCCAGUAAUAUGUUGAUAUGACCUAAUGACAUUCAGUUAAUUCAUUCCUACAUAGCUGGGUGAUGGUUCUAAAAGAUGUUAGCGUUAGAGAAGGAUUAUAAAGCACAGAUGUUUAUUAUAUAUAAUAUGUAAUCUCAAAUGAAUGUAAAUUAUGCUUCAUUUACUAUCGUAAAAUACCUCAAGACCAAAGUCCACUAUGUUUAUCAGUCAAAUCCUGCAAAUCAAUAGAGGGCAACAUUGUUAACAGGCUCAGUGGAUUUAAAACCUGACACAGCUUCCUUAUUAGUGUUAGUGGAGGUGGGGUUUGUGCUACAAAUAGGGAAGUUUGAUAAUUUGUUCCUUUAUGCAGUGAUGAAUAGAUGUCAUAUUUCUUCCUCAUAUCAGGUUUUGGUGUUACUUUAGAACACUCUUAUUGUAGCCUUGUCUUCUAUACUUAUUUGUGGAGACAGACCUACAGUCUGAAUCACUGACAUUUAAAACAUCAGAAGAGAUAGCAGACGCUGCAGUAAUUUCUCUCACUAUUGCAAUACUCUCAGGAGCAAUUUGAAGGUGGAAUCAGCAGUUGAAACCAUAACAAAGCACAAUCCCACCCUUAUUUUGAUGAACAGCUGAGGGAUGGGUCUGGAGAAAUGCAACCAUUAUCAAAUUCAUAAACAGAGCUAUGGAUGAAAGGACUGACCAUCCAUGAUAUCAAAAUUAUAGUUUUAACUAGUUUAACUAGUGUUUAAUAAAAUUAUUUGUUUACAAACAUUGGAGUAAAACAAGUGUUUGGGAUCUGAUGAACUAACCUCAUGAGGCAUUUUAAGUUAUGUUCUUUAAGAAUCAAUAGGUAUACAUCUUUAAAUCCAGAAAUGGAUUUAGAAACUGCAGAUUCCCCCUUUUCAGAGGGACAAUUGAUCUAAAAAAAGAAUAAGUAAGCAAAGAAAAGUGCAAUGGAAAUAAAUCAAUUCUUAUUCAGUUUUGGAUCACUUUUAAAGCGCUACCUUUAUAAAAAGAAAAACAUUUGAUAUUAGUAACAUUCCCAUAACUAUUUGUCAAUAAUGCAUAUUUUGUAUGUAUGUUAUAUUAAGAAUAAAUGAAACAAUAUUGUC